AUGUGGUUGAAAAAUUCAAUAUUUGCAAAAAUGGGUCCGUUUAGAACUUUUCUUGCAUAUUAAGUCAAGAAUAUUCACUCUCAAAACUCAGAUCAAAUCCAAAAAUCCCAAAUCCAAAUCCAAUCGAAGAAGAAGAUUUCGAAUCGGAAUUCCAGCUCCGACUCCGACGAUCGGAACCAAUGGCGCUUCAAUGGAUGAUACUCACCUACGUAGUGGCAGCCGAAGCACUCUUAGCUAUUCUCUUAACUCUUCCUUCACCUAAGCUUCUCAAGAAUCGCUUCGUCUCUUUGAUCUCUCUCAUACUCCAACCUUGCCUCUUCAUCGUUCCCUUCGCCGGUUUUCAGCUCCUCGAUAUCUACUGGAAGAACGAGCAUCGCUUGACGUGUACAUCUGACAUUUGUACGGCUACUGAGAGAGAUCGAUUUGAGAAAACUACCUACAAAGCUCAAAGGAAUGUAAUUCUCUGCGCUGCUGCUGUCAUUCUUUAUUGGUGCCUUCACCGCAUUUGCAAGUACCACAAAGAUAUUCAAGCCUUGGAGGAAGUCGAGAAGCGAUACAAGGAUCAGUAAGAGGUUUAUAUCUCAUACCCUUUAUAAAUUAGAUGCAGUUGAUCGAGCCGACAGUCUUUUUUUUUCGGAUUAAAAAAAUGAAACUCUCUUUAGGGUGGCAUGUUGUAUUAUCUACUUGUGUUUUUUUCUUCUGAAUCUGGUUUUAAUGGCCUGUAGUGUUGACCCCAUAUCAAUUUCCUUGAUUCCCACCUCUUUUUCUUAACUAAAGAAAAGUAUAAAAACAGUAAUAGAUAUUAAAAUAGCUUGAUUUUUUUUU